AUGUGUGGAUCACUGCACCAGCGUCUCCAGGACUACCUGAGCGAGCGCAAAUGCCGCCGAACCAGAUUAGUGACAAAAGACGGACACUGCAACAUUGAAUAUGGGAACAUCAAAUACAGCAGCCACUUGUCCUUCCUGGCUGACUUUUGGACCACUGCUGUUGAGAUCAGGUGGCGUUUUGUUCUGCUCUUCUUCAUCGCCUCGUUCACCCUGAGUUGGUUCAUCUUUGGCCUGAUCUGGUUUUGGAUUGCCCGUAAUAACAUGGACUUAUCCUGGCAGGAGCGAGAUGAGGAGCACACACCCUGUGUGUAUAAUGUAGUAGGACUCACCACAGCCUUUUUAUUCUCACUGGAAACUCAGACCACUAUUGGCUAUGGUGGCAGAGCCAUCACCCCUCACUGUGCCGGGGCAGUGGCUGUGAUCAUCAUUCAGUCCCUAAUUGGAGCCAUCAUCAACUGUUUCAUGUGUGGAGUCAUUCUGGCAAAGAUAUCAUUACCCAAAAAGAGAGCAAAGACUAUCCACUUCUGUGACAUGGCUGUGAUCAGUCCUAAAAACGAUGCUCUGUGCCUGUCUAUCCGAGUGGCAAAUCUCCGCAAGUCCUUGAUGAUCGGAAGUCAGAUCUAUGGAAAACUUCUACGCACAAGAAACACUCCAGACGGAGAGACGAUUAUCAUGGACCAGGUCAACAUUGAGUUUGCAAUGGAUGCAGGUAAAGACAACCUCUUCUUUGUGUGCCCUCUGACUCUGUACCAUAUCAUAGACAAGGGAAGCCCCUUCUUUGAGAUGGCCGUGGACACGCUGCACAAACAGGAGUUUGAGCUGGUGGUCUUCCUGGACGGGACCGCUGAGUCAACCAGCUCAGCGUGUCAAGUGCGCACCUCUUUCAUCCCACAGGAAAUUAUGUGGGGAUACAACUUCCAGCCCAUCAUCUCCAGGAGCAAAGACGGCAAAUACAGAGUGGACUUCUCCAACUUCCAUAAAGUGGUGCCUGUGGCCACAGCGCACUGCGCCUACUGCUUCCACAACAUCAAGGGGCACCAUCACUUCUCUAAGUUCGGAAACGACAACCCUGGCUUUGAAGUUAUAGAGAUUUCUGACCCCCUGAGUGUCACCAAAAUGUGA